AGGAGGGAAGAGAGAAGAGAUACACAGAGCUACAAAGAAGCCGGAAUGGCCGGCGUCUCUAUGAUAUGAUAAGAAACUUGUGCUUGUCAAAUUUUGCUUCACAGCAAAAUAAGGCACAGUCCAUAUCCCUCUCUUUACGGUCAAUUCCUUAAAACUCACACUCAUACCAAUACCAUCAUCAAAAUCCUCAUUAAAACCCUUGCGAAUUGGCAUUACAUACUCACUUAAAUCCUAGAUAGAGAGUUUAUACUUGUUAAUAUUCUCUGCAUUCUAAAGUAAAACCAAAUUAGGGAGAUAUGGUGGCGGGUCAUGAACAACACGUACAACAUGCAGCAGCAGGAGGAGGAGGAGGAGAGGACCUCUCUCUAGUCUCCGCAGACCCUGUUGUCUUAGAGCUCAAUCGUAUGCAGAACCUACUCAAAGAAAAGAGCCGCGAGUUGGGGAUUGCUCAGGGUGAGAUCAAGGCUCUCAGAGCUACUGAAGUUCUAAAGGAUAAAGCUGUAGAAGAGCUAAGUAAUGAAGUAGAGAAGCUGGAUGAGAAACAUAGGCUCACGCAAAAUCUUCUAGAGCAUAAGAACCUUGAAAUUAAGAAACUAACAGAUGAGAAGAGAGAUGCAUUAGCUGCACAAUAUGCUGCAGAAGCAACUCUUAGAAGGGUACACACAAAUCAAAAGGAUGACGAACUUCCUUCUCUUGAAUCUGUCAUUGCUCCUCUCGAGGCUGAAAUCAAAAUGUGCAAGAAUGAGAUUGCAGCGCUUCAGGAGGACAAUAAGGCUUUGGAACGACUCACCAAGUCGAAAGAGUCGGCUCUUCUUGAGGCAGAAAGGAUAUUGCGAAGUGCACUAGAAAGAGCUCUAAUAGUUGAAGAGGUCCAAAACCACAACUUCGAAUUGAGGAGACAAAUUGAAAUCUACCAGGAGGAAAACAGAAUCCUUGAGAAAACAAAUCGUCAAAAGGUUUUAGAGGUUGAAAAGCUUAGCCAAACCAUUCAAGAACUUGAGGAGGCCAUUUUAGCUGGAGGGGCUGCUGCCAAUGCUAUUCGUGACUACAAAAGACAGAUAGAUGAAUUACAUGAAGAGAAGAGGACUCUGGAGAGGGAGCUAGCAAGAGUGAAAGUUUCUGCAAACCGAGUAGCUACUGUUAUUGCUAACGAGUGGAAGGAUGAAAACGACAAAGUUAUGCCUGUUAAACAGUGGCUGGAAGAGAGAAGACUUAUGCAGGCAGAGAUGCAACGUUUGAGGGAGAAGCUAGCAAUCUCGGAUAGAACAGCCAAGGCAGAGGCACAACUCAAGGAGAAGCUGAAGUUGAGGCUCAAGACUCUAGAAGAAGGGUUAAAGCAUGUUUCAAGUUUCUCUGUCAAUCCUAAUUCAUUUUGCCGUUCCCCUAAAACAGAAAAGUCCAGUAACUUCUUAGGAUUUCUGACAAGCCCUGGUGGAUUAGGAAAGAGAUCAACUUCACAGCCAAGAGCCUCCACUCUUAGAAGUUCUCCUCUCAACAGCCAAAUUCAGGCAAUGAAACAGCCAAUAACUAAAGUUGUUGAUAGUGGUGAGAAGGAGAACACAGAACAGAAUGCAAAUACUGAUAACAACAAGAAUGAUGAUGAGACAGUUACUGCUGAUAUAAAAACUAAAGAUGGUGCCAAUGAAGACUCACCCAACAAGAUAAGCAUUAACUGUGAAAGUGAAGAUGUGGUCUCAGGAUUUCUCUAUGACAGACUUCAAAAGGAGGUCAUCAAUCUGAGGAGGCAUUGUGAAGUCAAAAAGAGUGAUAUGAAUGCGAAAGAACAAGAAAUAAAGAUGCUGAUGAAAAAGGUUGAUGCACUGACAAAAGCCAUGGAAGUGGAGUCUAAGAAAAUGAAAAGAGAAGCCGUAGCUAGAGAUAAAGAAGCUGCAGCAGGCAAGGUGGAUGAUAACAAAAAGAACAGAACUAUAAACUCAUCUAAGAGGGUAACAAAAGCAUCUUGAAAGUUUGCUUACAUGGGAUUUUAUUGAAGAUUGAUUUAGUGUUUAUGAGCAGUGUGUUCCGAUUUUUUUUAUGUAAAUACAGAAAGAAAAGUAUCACCAGUGAUAGCUAGCUGAAAUAAGAUUCUGGAUGCAAAUGGAAGAGCUUCUCUUGUACAUUUUAGAUUGAUGUGUGUUUUCCUCUGCUUGAAAUCUGCACAUAAGAAAUUCAUACAUGUAUUUUGUUUGACAUUAUGGAUUAAUUAUAUUCUUUAGAUUUGAGAAUGGUA